AGUUUACCGCCAACUUCAUAACAAACAGGACCUACUGUUCGAUAUAUCCGGGAUAAUAUCAACCGAAUUUCGUUAUUACGUUCAAUUUUUUCGUAUUAAUUUUGUUUACGGAGAUUAAUACGAGCGCGUUUUGACUUUUUUUCUCAAUUUUAGAAAUUCAUUCAUGUUAUAAUAGUGCUGUUUACGAAAUAUCAGACAGACAAUUGUUUAAAUCUCAGUAAGCACAUUCUCAAGAUGAAUGUACCAGAAAUGUGAUCUUUUAUUCGUAACAUCGAAAAAAACUUGAACCCAUGUCGGGAAUCAGAAGAAAAAGAAGUCUAGAAUGGCAAGACAGAUGUUACAGUUCAAGCGAAGAAGAAAUGCCUGCUAGGACAAUUGAUACUCAUGUAUUCGCUUCUCUUUUGGCUAAAGCACAACAAGAAUAUUCAGGUAUAGAAAGGUCGUACAGAUCGGACGAUACAGAAGACGCCGCGACAACUGAUAAUCCGACAACCCCUUUCCCGACACCCCCUCCGACGUUAGCGUCACCCAGAUCGCCCAUUCCUCUUCAUCGGCAGGCUUCACCUUUCCCUUUGGAGAACACCAACUCAAGAAGGAUGCAUUAUCAGACACCGCAAGAUAGACUGAGGGGAAAUAACGGUGAUAUGAUCUAUGCUCAAAGUAAUAAAAUGAGCAACUCUGUACUGGGGGUAUCAGGAGGAAACAUAACAUCCAGUAGUAGUGGAACUUCUUGUAACAGUUGUAGUGAUAACGUGAUGGUUUCGAACGGUGACAUCCCCUAUCACGAGAACAACCAACAACAAAGGAUGUCUUUGAAUAAUGAUAUGGAUGAAGAAUCUCCUCCUGAACCAGCUCCACCAGAAGUUCCUCCAAGAGGUCAAUCUUUACACGCUGCAUCUCUGAGACGUCUAACCGAGUUCAGUAUACCAGGAGAAGUCAAACCAAUCAACCAGGAGUCGCAUUUCUUCAGCCAAACAGAGUAUGUGCUUAGCGGAAGCCCCAGGGCGUCUGCAUUUCCGGCCAGAUCGCCAGUGGCAACAAAUUCUGCAGCUACUACUACGAAUUCUCAACUCAGACUUACUCCGGCUCUGCAACAAACGCAACUAUCGCAGGCCAUACCAACGGGACCUCCCGGUACAUUACAGGCAACUGUUCCCGGUACCCAAACUUCAAAUUUGGUGAUGCCUGUAUUUCCGUUGGUACGACCAGCUCCACAAACAAGUUCCUCAUCGCAUUACUCGCCGUAUUCACCGUCCAGAUUUCACAUCGACAAAAGGUGUCAGCACAGAUGCUCUUGGAAAUGUCUAAGUAUCGGACUGAUCUUAUUGGCAGUUGGAUUAUCGGCAAUGUUGGCGUAUUUUGCAGCAGUGAGCACCAUGAAAACAAACAUAGACUCUUCGAAUUGCAUUUUGGUUCAGGAUGUCAAAGAUGUUACGAAUGAUCAAAUUAUUAUGGGCUCAUCGACUUUACCAUCAACCGAAGAGUCGUUACCAACGAGUACGGCCGAGCAUUCGGCGAGCGCUACAACAGCUCACAGUUCCAUCCAACAUCAACAGCCUUCACAGCAGCAGCAACAGCAGCAGCCACAAACGCAGUGGCCUCCGUUGCCGUUACUCGAACAAACCGAAUUGGACACCGUACAUACAGCAACGAUUCCACCUUACCAAUUUUGGAACAGCGAAUUUCGAAAUAAACAACCCGCUUUUAUAAAUUUUAAUUUCACGUUACCGUGGGGUGCGAAUUUCGCAGUUUACGGCAGAAGGAACGUUGCUCCUAGUGUAACGCAAUACGAUUUCGUGGAAUUCGUCAAAGGAGGAAGGGUUGACCAUAGAUUGCGGAGGAAACGAGAUAUAAACGGAGAUUCUUCAGACUCGUCGUCAGAUUUGAAACUCACCUACGACUAUAGGACGACUCACAAGUCUGACGUAUUGGACUCAAUUUCGAGCUCCUAUGAAGGUACCAAAAAAAUUCUAGCGGAUUCCGAACCUCGAGGUCCUUUUUAUAUACCUCACAGUAUAAAAAUUGAUUUUGAAGGACCAUUACCUGAUGAUCAUUAUCGAAACGAGUUCAGUACGGAUUUACCUCAUCCUACUUUGGACAUUGGAAUCGAACGGGACGAACUGGAUCACGUGAUUGCGAAAAGGGAAACGGAAAUUGAACCGAUGAUGGUUAAUGUUAGUUUGCUGCAUUAUCUAGAUACUGGAAGAUGGUUUUUAUCGGUGUACAAUGACGAGCUCCAGCCGCACGUCGUGUCUUUAAUAAUAUCGGAAGCCGAAGGAGUUAGUGCAACGUGUCCUAAUGAUUGUUCAGGACGAGGAUCAUGCUAUUUAGGGAAAUGUGACUGCAUCGAUGGGUUCCAAGGAAUAGAUUGUUCUAAAAGUGUUUGUCCGGUGUUAUGUUCGGGGCACGGGCAAUACGGCGGCGGGCUCUGCCACUGCGAACAGAGCUGGAAGGGGCCAGAAUGCGAUAUCCCCGAGACAGACUGCCGCAUCGCAGACUGUUCGGGUCACGGGCAGUGCGUGAGGGGCUCCUGUCACUGCAAACCCGGAUGGAAAGGAGAAGGAUGUGAAGAGCCCGAUUGUGAGGAUCCUACUUGUUCAGAACACGGCGCUUGUGUACAUGGACAAUGUUACUGCAAAGCGGGUUGGAAAGGGACUCAUUGCAACAUUAUCGAUGAACAAGUUCAUAAGUGUUUGCCUACGUGCUCUGAUCAUGGAGUCUACGAUUUAGAAGCGGCAAAAUGUGUUUGUAACAGGCACUGGACCGGACCAGAUUGCUCUCAAGCUCUUUGUAAUUUGGAUUGCGGACCUCAUGGUAAAUGUGAUACCGGAAAAUGUCGGUGUGAUCCAGGUUGGACGGGUCCCAAAUGCGAACAAUUACCUUGUGACGUUCGAUGUCAAGAACACGGUCAAUGCAGAAACGGUACUUGUGUGUGUUCUCAAGGAUGGAAUGGACGCCACUGCACUUUACCUGGUUGCGAAAACGGCUGCUCUGGACAUGGACAAUGUACCCUCGAAGAAGGUUUAUACAAAUGCGUUUGUAUACCUGGUUGGGCAGGUUCUGACUGUAGUAUACCACUUGAACAAGAUUGCCAUGACGAUUUAGACAACGAUCAUGAUGGUAUGACCGACUGUUCGGAUAGUGAAUGUUGUUCGCAUCCAAGUUGUUCAGAUCAUAUAAUGUGCAUAUCAAGCAACGAUCCCGUCGAGGUAUUACUUCGCAAACAACCCCCUUCCGUGACGGCAUCAUUUUAUCAACGCGUCAAAUUUUUGAUUGAAGAGAAUUCGGUCCAAUCUUAUGCACAUAUGGAUGAGUACACAGAAAGUCGAGUUGCAGUUAUGAGGGGCCAAGUUGUUACUCCGCAAGGCUUAGGAAUUAUCGGAAUUCGAGUCUCAGUUGACCGAGAAUCCAGAUUUGGAUUCACACUAACCAGACAAGGAGGAUGGUUCGACGUCUUGGUUAAUGGAGGUGGCGCCGUCACGCUACAAUUUCAGAGAUCUCCAUUUAGACCUAGAACUAUUACGGUUUUCGUCCCAUGGAAUCAGAUAAUCGUUCUGCCUCCAGUCCAUAUGCAAUUAAGUGAAGACACGGAAGUAUCUCAUAUUCCACAAAAAAGUUUUCUGGCACGAAACCCGGCCCUUAACUUUCCCGGCGUAUCCAGGAAUUUCUUUGGUCAAAACGGGGCCCUACCUCUUACCUGCGAAGAACAUGACGCCGAAUUACUCACUCCAAUCAUAACUGGAACGUGGAUGCCUGAGGCAGUCGGCGGUAUGCAAGGCAAAAGUGUCGUUUUUGCCGAAACACAAAUAAUUCAAGAAUCGAUCACUAUACCGGGCUCCGAUUUGCACCUUCUCUACCAAAGCUGCCAAGCCACGGGAUACUUAAGUGUCAUCUACAUGAAAUUAACCGGACCAAAAAUACCAAGUUCUUUAACGCAUGUACACGUCAGAGUCGAAGUAGAAGGUUCACUACAUACGAAAACUUAUGAAGCUGAUCCAAAUCUACUACAUACGUUUGCAUGGAACAAACGUAACGUCUACAAACAAAAAGUAUAUGGAAUCGUGCAAGCGAAAGUUUCCAUAGGAUAUCAACAUAGUACUUGCUUAGAACCAGUAUGGGAAACGCAAACAGUUGAUAUAAAAGGAUUCGAUGUCGAUAUAUCAGACAUAGGUGGUUGGGGAUUGGAUAUCCAUCACCAUUACAAUUUCCAUGAAGGUAUCUUACAAAAGGGAGACGGCUCCACUUUACAUUUCAAACAAUACCCUCGCAUGGUACGAGUGAUCAUGGGAACAGGCCUCCAGAGAGCGCUGAAUUGCCCGAGUCAAUGCGGGGGUCCGGCCAAAGAUGCAAAACUCUUAACACCGGGAUCACUGGCGACCGGCCCUGACGGCAGUAUCUACGUUGGAGAUUUCAAUUUGGUCAGGAGGAUCACUCCCGAGGGCAAUGUAUAUACGGUGUUGCAAUUAAGGGCUACACAGGUUGCGUAUCAGUAUUACUUAACAGUAUCUCCUGCAGAUGGACGACUUUAUGUGUCAGACCCAGAGAAACAUCAAAUUUUGAAAGUUCUAAUGUUGGAACCGGUGCAAGAUCCUAGUAUAAAUAGCGAACCGAUUGUAGGUAAUGGUGAAAGAUGUAUUCCAGGAGAUGAAUCAGCUUGUGGUGAUGAAGGUCCUGCAAAAAAUGCUAGAUUAGCUCAUCCGAAAGGUAUAGCAAUCGCAGUUGACGGCACCAUGUAUAUUGCUGAUGGUACAAACAUAAGAGCAGUUGAUCCUAAAGGUAUCAUCCACACUUUAAUAGGAAAUCAUGGACAUCACAACAGAUGGACGCCUAUUCCUUGUAAAGGAGCCGUCGAAGCGACACAGGUUCAACUUCAAUGGCCGACAGGUCUUGCUCUCAGUCCAUUAGACGGUUCGUUACAUUUUAUCGAUGACAGAUUAAUUUUUAAACUAACAGUGGAUUUGAAAGUGAAGGUAGUAGCAGGAACACCAUUACAUUGUCAUCGAGAAGAUAACAGUACUAAAUUAACAGAAAACGUAUUGGGAAGUGUUUUAGCAUUAGCAUUCGCUCCAAAUGGAGAUAUUUACAUCGCAGAAUCUGAUACGCAUAGUGUUUAUUAUAUAAGACUCAUAGAUACUGCAGGUAAAAUAACUCAUUUCGCUGGAAAAAUUCCUGAAAAACCUAAAAAGAAUUGCGACUGUGCUCUGAAUAUAACAACAGCUAAUCCUUUGGGAAGAUCUCAAGACGUUCCGCCAUGUUUAUGUGCAAACGCCGAAGAGACGACUAGCAAUGCUGAAACUCUGUUGUCGUCUAAUGCCCGUUUCCAAGCAAUUUCCGCUUUAGCUGUUUCUCCUGGAGGAGUUCUGUAUGUAGCCGAUCAAGGAUCAUUACACAUAUUGUCUCUGGAACAUUAUCUUCCAGCGCAUGAUGAAAACGGGGAAUUUAGGAUCCCAUAUCCUGCAGCUGGUGAAGUGUACGUAUUCAAUCGAUACGGUCAACACGUUGCAACGAAGGACCUCGCUUCGGAUAAAACGAGAUAUACAUUCCUAUAUUCUAAAAAUACAAGCUUCGGUAAACUAUCUACUGUAACUGAUAGCUCGGGUAAUAAAAUUCAAUUCUUAAGAGACUACAGUAACGCCGUUAGUUCUAUUGAAAACACUCAAGAUCACAAAUCUGAACUUAAGAUUUCUGGAGUUGGUUAUUUGGUUAAAUUGAGCGAAAAAGGUAGAGCUGAUAUCGAACUGGAUUAUGAUAUGAAUACGGGAUUGCUUUCCAGUCGUUCUAGGGGAAGUGAAACCGUUAUUUACAAUUACGAUUGGUUGGGAAGAAGUACAGGAGUUAUCCUUCCUAGUGGAGAAACAUUCCAGUUAACCUCUAAAAUUUCAGACAAUGGAAACUUGGAAAUAUUCGUUAGCAAACCAACAAACGUCCUAAGUAUCAGUGGGAAAGUUCACAAACACGUUUUGAACAUUGACAGAAAAGAAGUUACCGAAAUAGUAACGUUAAACAACUCCACAGUAGCUGUUAAAUCGGCUUAUGAAGGUUCGUUAAAAGUAUGCGCAAUAGCACGUCAUCCUCUAUUGGAAGCUUCCUUACCAGUCGAAGCUGAACUACUCCCCGUUUGGUCUGAACAAACCACCACGUUCGGCGAUAACAUCCAAAAUGUGAUGAAAACAUCGUUUAGCCUAGUAGGAGAUGUGAGAAAUCCGCAACAAACUUUGUAUAGAGAAAUUUUCGUUAACCACACUAAGAUAUUAGGCAUUGAAUUCGAUCAAUUCACCAGUAAAGAAACUUUCUUUGACGUAGAUAAACUUCCUCUUCUAACUAUAAGUUACGAUCCAGCGGGAUUACCUCUCUUAUACACCCCUUACAACGGUGGAGAUGUUUUAAAUAUUACCUACGAUCACUUUAAUCGAAUAGAUAGUUGGAAAUGGGGAGUAUCUGAAUUGAAAUAUAAUUACGAUCGCCACGGGUUACUAUCUGAAGUCACAAGUCCGUUAGACGGUACCCAGAUUUUCGCCUACGACGAUACCAAUAUGUUAUCAAAAAUAACUUUGGCAAGUCAAAGAAGUUUUUCGUUGAGUUACGAUGAUAACGGUGGUCUUAGACACGUUACUUUACCUAGCGGUACUAAACAUUCUUUCAGUUUACAACCUACCUUAGGUUUCUUACGAGCUACUUACACACCACCAGGAAGUAACAAGUCGUAUCUACAACAUUUUUCUAAUUCCGGUAGACUUUUACAAACUGUAUUCCCCGGUGAAGGAGCUAGAAUAGUUUAUAGAUACUUCGAUAAUGGUAAACUAAAAGAAGUCGUUCAUGGUGAUGGGAAAACUGUUUAUCAUUAUUCUGAAACUUCUGGUUUACCUAGUCAGGUAAAUCACGUCGAAGCCGAUAUCGAAUAUAGAUGGGAUUAUCAGUAUACAGGCGGUCUACUAAUGGAAGAACGUAUAGAUUUCGGUGCCAAAACUGGUUUGAGCAACGCCAAAUUUACCUACGAUUACGAUAACAAUUAUAGACUCGUUACUGCUCAAGGUAGAAUUGGUGGACAAAAUUUACCUCCGCAUAAUUUAGGUUAUAACUAUAAGACUGGUUCUCUAGAAAUGAUCGGACCUUUCAAAAUCAUUAAACUGAAAAUAAACGAAACCAACGUGUACGAUGGCACAGCGCUAUUUUCCAGUACCAUCAAUUCAAGAUUCCUGGAAACCAAGCUCGCUUUAACUAUUCACGGAAUGGAAGUUUUUAGAAUGGAGUUUAGCCACGAUAUUCAUGGGAGGAUUUCUCAGACACGAACUUACACCAAAAAUGUUGGAGUAAACACCUACACCAACGUCAAAAAUUACACGUGGGAUUGCGACGGUCAACUGCUUGGAGUGGAAGCUCAAGAACCAUGGGGAUUUAGAUACGACGACAAUGGAAAUAUGUUAUCCCUGACUUACAGGGGAAACACUAUUCCCAUGGAAUACAACCCAAUGGACAGGAUAAUUAAAUUCGGCGAAGGACAAUAUAAAUACGACAACAGAGGAUUAGUUGUACAGAAUGCUAGGGAAGAGAAAUUUCAUUUUAAUUCCAAGGGGUUGCUUGUAAGAGCAACAAAGAGAGGCAGAUUUGAUGUUAGAUAUUAUUAUGACCAUAUGGACAGAUUGUCUGCAAGAAAAGACAAUUUCGGAAACGUGACGCAAUUUUUCUACAACAAUAUCCUAAGACCCAGAGAGGUUAGUCAGAUUUAUUCGCCAAGAGAUGGUAAACUUAUGUCGCUCAUAUAUGAUAAUAGAGGACAUUUGAUAUAUUCCCAAGUCUAUCGACAUAAAUAUUACGUAGCUACGGAUCAGUGCGGAACGCCCGUCAUGAUUUUCAAUCAAUAUGGAGAGGGAAUACGAGAAAUAAUGAGAUCUCCCUACGGACACAUUGUUUACGAUUCAAAUCCAUACCUAUAUCUUCCGAUUGAUUUCUGCGGAGGAAUUCUAGAUCAGGUGACGUCCUUGGUUCAUAUGAGUAACGGAAAAGUUUAUGAUCCCCUUAUCGGUCAAUGGAUGUCGCCACUUUGGGAAAACGUAUUGGAACGUAUUCCUACACCAACUCAUCUCCAUUUAUACAGAUUCAACGGAAACGAUCCAAUCAACGUUGAAUUGGACAGAGCAAGACCUCAAGAUCAUCUAGAUUGGCUAAAGAAAAUCAGUAUAAAUUUGAAAAACUUAGCUCCACAACUCUACCCAGACGAUCUUCCUGGCGGUAAGAUGCCUCCGUUUCUAUCGCAUCCUCCGACUUUCUGGAAUCCGUCCAAGAAUGGUAUCAGCAGCCAAUUGAAUAAUCAACCGUCUUCCGUUGAAAUUCAUUCGGGAUUUUUAGCGCACGUCAAUUCAAGAAAAAUGUUAACGGCCGAAGAACUGUCUGUAUUUUCUAAAUCGGCAUUGAAAGUUAACGUUAUCGAUUUGGUGCCAAAGAAAAUAGGAUCGGCGUCUGAUCCGCCCUUCGGACGAGGAAUUUUGGUGUCUCAGACUGAAUCUGGUCAAGCUAUCGUAUCUAGUGUACCAGCAGCGAACGCUAUUUAUAGAGACGUUUACACUUCGGUGUUCAAUAGAUCGUAUUUACUGCCGUUUACUUUCAUCGUACAUAACGCUCAGCAAGACGCCUUCCACUUUGUUAAAGAUGAAACGUGGAAAGCGAAUGAGGAUAAAGGACAACUGAAACGACUUCAGGGUCAAGUCAAUACAACUUUCCACGAAAUAGCCAAAGAAAACGGAAGCGGCACCAACUACUUUGACGUGAAAAUUCAUGGAUCGAAUGUGGUUAUCAAUUUACGUUACGGUACAACAGUGGAAAAAGAAAAACAGAGAUUAUUGCAUCACGCCAAAUUAUCGGUUAUCAGAAAAGCUUGGCACAAAGAAAAAGAAUGUUACAAGAAUGGUUUUACUUGUAGUGUUGAUUGGAGCAUAAGCGAAUUGGAGGAGCUCUCGAAACUAGGUUACGUUAAUAAUUUCGAAGGUGAAUAUAUACACGAUGUCCAACAAUAUCCGGAAUUAGCCGAAGAUCCUUACAACAUCAAAUUUGUGAAGAAGCAAGUGGAAUCGACGAAGAAACGUCGAAGGAAAAGAGAUCUGAGGAAAACAUGCAGAGACCGUUGGUGGUUCGACUUUUCCGAAAUAUGCUAGUGAAAAAAAAAAUACACGAAAGUGGAUCAUUUCAAUUAACUAAGUGUGAUGUACCAAAAAGAAAAAAAAAGCUUACAAAGUAAGCCUUUUUAUACCAAAGUCUAUUUGUGUAAGAAUUUCAAAGAUGCCAAAAAAAAUGUAUAUUAUUUAUUUAAAAUAUGUUACCUAUAUGUAUGUGAUUUAGACGUUUAAAAUGGGUUUUGCUCAAUCAAACUCUUUUUAUAAUUUUUGACAUGACUGACUAUUGAUUCGCAAAAUCCAUUUCAGACUGACUUUGUAUAUAUUUUGCAUAAUUAUAGAGAAGACAAAUGAAAAUGUGUAAGUCUUACAAUUUUCAAGAAACAUUUUCAAACAAUAUAACCAGGUAUCUAAGGAAUAAUUAUCCAUUUAUAAACAUUGCUCUUUCGGUAGUAUUUAUCGUUAUAAAUUUCUUUAAUUUCUUAUUUGUUAGACUUUUUGAUAUGUUUCUAAAUGUUCUUGAUUUUUUUUUAAGAUUGAUGAACAUUUGAAAAUUCGACUUCUUCUAGUCUUCAUCAAAUAUCAGAGUUAAAAUAAGUUUAUUUUAUAAUUUUUUAAAGACAGAUGAAAAUUUAACGUUUCGACUAUUUAUCAAAAUGCGUCAGUAUCAAUAUCUGACAUUUGAUGAAGACUAAAAGAAGUCGAAAUGUUAAAUUUUGUGAAGAGACCUAAAACAAGAAUAUUUAUAAUUACAUAAAUUUAUCAUUUUAUUAUCUAAAUUACAUAUUAACUCGAACAAGAUAAUUUAAAGAUUAUGUCAUAAACCAUACAAAUACAUUUACCACUACUUUGUCCUCGAAAGUAGCCGAAAAUCUAAUUUAAAUUGUUUUAUAAGGAUCUGAAAAGAUUUUUAUUUUGUUCCAAAGAAUCUUGAUAGGUUAAGUUACGUAAUUAACUACCAACCUCCCAUCUUUUACCAUUUUAAUGAAGAUGCUCAUCUCUUCUCCUCCAAAUUCUUUGCAAUACUCACCUGUUAUCACUCCCUAUUUAUAGAGACUUGUACGUACAGUAUAAUGUCAUCAUCCGUUAUUUUUUUUUUGUUUUAUCUUGACCAAAUCGCUCUGGAUAUUAUGCAACCACUUCUGUGUCGAUAGCAUCCAACUAUUUGUUCCCUUCCACUUCAUGGUGUCCAAGUAUCUAGCAGAGGCUCAAAUCAGUGUCAUGAAUCAAAAAGAGUAUCUCGCCGUAGCACAUUACCAUUUCUUAAGGUUUCCUGGCUCUCUGUAUAUCUGCUUCAGUCACCACCUUCCAUUAAUAGUCUGGUAACUUGUAUAUUGCGUAGAGGUCUGUGUAUCUCUAUGACAUCUUCAUUUCUUUAAAUUAUCUGUUGAUUUAUUGUUUGAAUUUUUCUCGUCUUAAGAAGACAAAUCAAAAAUUCUGACUUCUGUCCUAAUAGAUGUUUGGCAAUUUUACUUAUCCUAAAAGGAUUAGGUGAAGUAGCAGCAAGAUUCUCCUUUUUAUUGCCUUUUAGAAUUUUAUUUUGAAGAUAGAUACUUCCUUGCAGACCAGACCACAAGGUAGUUUCCUAACAGCAAUUAUAUCUAUACAUGCUGAUAAAGCAACUAGCAGCAAACCUACUGGGAAAUAUCUUAAAAGGAUGGUAGGAAACAACAAAUAAAAAGUGGAGAAUGAAUAUUGAAAUAAAAAUUACAGUAAUCCACAAAUUCGGAUAGGAUAACUAGAUCAGAACGUUUUUCCAAAAUGUCGACUACUUAAGAUGGAGUAGGUGAUGUGGUGAGAAGAUUUAUUAUACAGGAUGGCCAAUCAAAUGAAGCACAAAAAGUAUUUGUCGCAAAAAUGCGAAAUGAAAAAAUUAUGACUAAUGAAGCCUAAAGAAGAUACUGUAAGUUUUAAAUUUCCAAAAUGGUUUUCGCAUUCUUGAAAUUUGAUUGCCAUUUUUUGAAAAGUAUUAACUAGCAUUGACAUUGCUCUAAGCUCACGUAAAUUCGAUUCUUUUUCGAAUCUAUAUUUAGACCAUGAUCGAGAAAGUGGCAAGAAUUACUAAUAUCAAAAUCAAAACUAUGUAUGAUGCCCUUGGCUGCUUUUAAUAUUUUCGAUUAUUGUAAUUCCAAUUAUCGAUUUUAUCAAUUUCUAAAAAAAGAAGCAGAAAGUAAUAUUUCUAUCUUCUUCUAAUACUGGAAAUGAAUGAAGUGCAAUCGCUUUCUGGAAAAUCAGUUAUUUUCAUUUUGAGAAAGGAAAUCGAAUAUUUCCGCUAGUUGACAUUAGCUCCUUCAUUUUUGCUGUCGAGGUUAGGAGAAGUAAUAAUCUAUGUAACUGGUCUAUGGCGCAUCUUUAUAAAAAUAUUUAUUAAAAAGUAAUACUAAUAGGUUAUAAACAACGUCCUCUUUUCAACCAAAGACAAGUGGCAUUUGACACAGUGUUAAGUUUUACCAGCUAUUGAUUUUUAUAUUAAAACUUCGAUUUGUAAGCAGAACGGUCGUGUUAAAUUACAUUACAUUACAUAUAUCUAAAAAUUAAAUUCUGAAUCUAAAAACAGUAACAAGGAAUAUUGAUACAACUAAUUUAUUACUAUAUAAAAGUUGUUUCUAAUGAAGUUUCACUGAUAUACUUGAUUCAAUCGCUAAAAAACUGCUACAAAUGAAAAAUUUACUACAAAAAUUAACAGUUGGUAGCACUUAACCUCAAAUUUCUCAUUUAUCAAAUGUCACUUGUCCGUAUUCAAAAUGUCGGCGGGAAUUCUAUGAGUAUUGAAAAAGAGUUGACAUUUUAUUUUCUCUAAGUAAUAUUUUAGGUUAGGGGAGAGAUAUUGCCAUGCCGUAGUAAUAAAAGUCGUCAUUGUAUCCAAUUUUUUUGAGAAAAUCCAUUUUAUUUGUAGUUGUCGCUAAUUGCUCUCUUAUUGCGGUACAAGCAAUCUAAAUGAAUCCGCUCGAAUUAAAGUUGAUAAACCACAAAAACACCAUUAAAGGUCAUAAAAUUUGUUUAAAUCCGUUCGACUAUUUUGAAGUUACUGAUAUUUAUUUCCAAAAAGGUCGAACACUCCCUACUACUUUCCCUUCUAAACAACACAAUGUUUGUUAAAAUCUAUUCAGCCAUUUUGAAAUUACUGACACUUAUUACCGAAAAUUUUCGGAUAUCCCCCACCACUCCUCGUUUAAACAUUCCCAAGUUUGUUAAAAUCGAUUUAUAGAUGUUAAAGAGAAGAUGGAGCAUCUCUAAUGGAGGAAAAGUGAAAAGUUGAAAAGGACGCAGCUGUAUAUAUGACAGAAUUGAAGUUACAGAAUUAAAUAUCAGAGCUCAUUACUGAAAAUUUCAACAGCUUGCGAUGUACAAAAAGGUGGAAAAUUGUCCAAGGCAUGAAUAAUAUUUGGUUAGGUUAGGUUAGGUUACCAUGAUACUAAUAUGGCGCCAUAUUUAUCUUAUUUAUUUUCAGAUUAUUUUUCUAUCUGCCGUUCAUAAAUUCAUCAAGUAAUUUUGAAAUUACAAACAAUUAUUUCCGAAAAUGUUUAGACACUCCCCGCCAUUUUCAUUUUAGAAAUGAAGCAGAGAGAAUAUAAUGAACUAAGUUGGAAUUUCUGGAAACGUUGAUCAUAUUCAUACUGAACACACUGUUUACACUACACUACACCAACACUAACAAUUAUACUGUCUGGCACGCGUUUCGAUAACCAAGUUAUCGUCUUCAGAGACUGAAGUGAAGUUCCAUCUUAAUUAUCGAUUUUUAUGAAAACCAUAGAGUGUUGGUGUAAACAGUGUGUUCAGUAUAUAAUGAAAAUUGAUGGAACUGAUCACUUUAAAACAGUGUCCGCUUUAGCUAACUCUAUCAUAGGAAUAUGUGUUAAAAAAACAGGAUUUAGAACUGAAGAAUGUGAUUGAGAAAACAUUUUAUAUUGGCAAUUCUAGCUAUAAAAUUUUAGCGAUAUUUAAUUUUCGUGAUAAUGCUAAAUUCACUCAGUAUAAAGCGAAUUCUUGAACCUUUUACUGAUAAGAUAUUUGGUUAUAUUUAUCUCUCCCAUAUACGAAUUCUCGCUAUUAAAUAACGAGGCUGGUAACGAAACAGGGUUUCGAAUGCUCCUCUUCAAUAUACUCCCCUUCCCUCGCCACACACAUUUCCAUACGUUUUUUCCAUUGAUCGAAGUAGUGCUGGAAGUCUUCUCUGGUGAGGAUCUUUAGGAGCUCUGCCGUUUUAUGCUUUACCGAUUUAAAUCGGGUCCCAUUCAAAUCAGAUUUUAUCUUCGGAAACAAAGAAAAGUCGCACGGUGCCAAAUUUGGUGAGUACAACGAAUGCUCGAGAACUGGAGUACGCUUACUGGCCAAAUACUGCUUCACAGAUAGAGCCUUAUGGGCAGAUGCGUUGUCCUGGUGCAAAAUCGGGUCGUUUUUUACGAACUCGUUCUCGCAGUUGCUCGCCAAAACUGACAAAUAGUAAGUCUGGUUGACAAUCUGACCCUUUGGAACCCAUUCAGUCGUCAAUGUCGAAAAAAAUUAUCAACAUUGCCUUGAAUUUUGCUUUGCUCUCUCGGCCCUCGCUAAAGCGCUUACACCACUCAAAAAUACGCGCACGAGAUAGAGACUGGUCCCCGUAGGCCUCAUGCAACAAUUUAUAGCACUCAGUCGGAGGUUUUUUCAAUUUAACGGGAAAUUUGAGAUCGAUACGUUGCUCCUAUUUUUCGUCACGAGAAAAAAACACAUUCGUUUCAAACCGCUACUGCAUAAAUACUAUAAUAGUGACGGAAGCGUGUUUUGGGACGUGACAAGAGAAGAUAUCUAGACAACCAACGCACUACUAGUUUUUCGCCCGUCUAGGGCGCCCUCUAGGCGUGCAGUCUCGUUAUUUAAUAGCCAGACCUCGUAAACUCAUUUCCCUCGUAUUUCGUAGCAUGUUUCAACCAGUGUUUUCACUCUAUUAGACGAGUGUUGCUGAAUUUUGUUUCUUGAAAAUGCAAAGUCAUUAUAGCGCUACAUUUAUAUUUAGUGAAAAAAUAAUUGAGCUACACGAUUGAAAAACGAAAUGAAAUUUAGAGGUAUCAAAAAAUUGUAAAUAUAGUCCAGUUAAAACUUUUUAAUAAUUUAAAAUUGAAAGAACGAAUUUAUAUUAGGUAGGGUGAUUAAAAAAAAACUAUUAAUCGUAUAUGUUGUAUUGCUUUUACGGAUUACUUACAAAAAAAAUAUAUCAUUGUGACUGAUCUGUGUUGAACGAUAUCCAUACCUAUCUACUACCGUUUACCUUGCCAUUUCGUAACACCUCAAAUUUUUAUUUUGUUUACGCGAUAUAUCAAAAAGUAUAUGAUACAAAUAUCUAUAUAUUUUCACUUUUUAAACGCGCGCCUGCCACAUAGUAUAUCCAUAUUCUGUGUGCUCCUUGUUGAUAUAUAAUUACUUUAGAAAAUAGCACGUUUCAAGUAAUGUCAUUGCAAUUUUGUUUCUUUGGAUUUGUAUUGAUACACAAAAUAUUAACUGUAAUAUUAAGCAAUCCAAACAUCCAACUAAACCCACUUGAAUUUUUUUUUUGUAUAACUUGUACCAGACAUCUUAUUGAAGGAAAAAAUCAAGUUUUAUAACUUUUUUUUUGAAAUUUAGACAUUCUUCUUCUAAAAUAAACAACUUCUAUCAACCAUAACAUUCUAGAAUAAUAGAUCACUUUAUAUUAACACGUUAACUGCCAACUACCAAAUAAUUAACUUCUCCGAUGUGAUUUUGGCUCCUACCUUUCAGUGAUAACUUUGUAUUUAAUCAGUAUUUUCACUGCCAUUAAAUAAAAUUGUGAAAAUGGCCUUGGCAUUCAACGUGUUAAUAUAAGCAAAAAUCGACAAAAGAAAGUAAAACCAAUCUAGACUUGUUACAAUAUAUUUAUGUUGAGACCGAUUUCAUGAGAAAUACUUUUCAAACCUACAAAUUAACCAACCUAUUAUCUUCGCUGGUCUCUCAAGGCAAGACUUAACUGCGAUUAGAAGAGUAAGAAUUGGCCAAUCAAGACUUACUCAUGGAUAUCUUAUGACUACUACUGCCAGACCAUUUUGCUCCAGCUGCAACUCGUACCUAACCAUGAAGCAUAUUUUGACCGAGUGUCGCAAAUAUACCGUCGAAAGACAACAGUUUCGGCUUAGCCAGAACUACAAUGAAGUCCUUAACAACUCGGAACAAAUUACCUCUCUACUUCAGUUUCUCAAAGAUGUACAGCUGAACCACCAACUAUAGAACAAUUGUGUUACUGUGUAUUCAUAUUGUAUACUUGUAUCAAUGAACCAUUUCAUAUUUAAUGUAUUGUAACCGCUCCCGUGCAAGUGGCCAUAGUAGCCGAGCACGUUAAUUUUAAAUAAAAAAAAAACCUACAAAUAUUACUGCAAUAAUUUGUAACUACAAUAAAUUCGGGUUGUACUGCGCGAAACGGUUUCGCGAAAAUGACUUCGGUCGACUGGACGAAACGCUUCGGGUUCCAGGCGAAACACGGUGAAGAAUACGAAAGAAAAAUUAUCAAAAGAGUAUAUGGAGGAAUUAGAAUGACUGAAGCAGCCAUCGUCCGAUUCAUUAAAGCCAAUAGGCUGAGAUGGUUUGGAGAGCAAGCGGAUGUCUAAGAGGAUCAUGAAUAUACAGCAGUAGAAAAAGAAGCCGACACCGUAUCAGAUGGACUGAUCAAGUUCACAAAAACUUACAAACAACGAAUGUGAGAGGAUGGAGAAGAUGAGGAACUUUGGUGAAGAGCGUACCAGUUGUGAGGCGAAUUGUCGAGGAGGCCAAGGCUUAUACCGAGCUGUAGUGUUAAUUGGGAAAUGGCGUCUGAUUUUACUCAUCAAUAAAUAAUCUUACUGAUACUAAGUCCUACAAAGCAUGAUCGAUUUGAAACUAGAAAUGAACAAAAAACAGAACAAUAAUUUAAACAAACCAUGAAUAGUAUUUACAAGCCUUAUAAAAGAAAUCAUAGAAAGUGUUGUUUGUUGCAGAAAAAUUUUGUUUUGGAUUUUAUUGUUGUUGAAAAUACGAAUUUGGAUUUGGGAAUAAUUUCGUUGAUUAAAAUUUGUCUCAUCUUUUUAUUUAAAUGAAAAUCAAUCAAAUUAACAUAUACAUUUGGAAAAUUUGACAUUUAGAAGUUAAUAAAAGGAUUGGAAACUACAUCAAGAUCUCUUCAAUCAGAACAUUCGGAUUCAUGCAGCGUUUGGAUUGUAGCACAAUCUAUAGGGUACAUCGUAGUCUUAAUUCGCAAAUUUCGUAAUUUCAAUAAAGACUUAACCUGUUUUUUUUAAUAAGGAUAGACAUAGAGGCCAGAUAUUAUAUUUCGAGAAAAUAAUUGAAGAAAUAUAAUACAAGUAAAUUAACACGGACUGUCGUUAGCUUUAAACAAAAUGGGGAUCUGGAAUUGCGAAGUUUUUUAUUGUAUCGGAUUUUUUUGAGCCUUCACGAGUUUUUCUGUUAAUAGAUGCUUUUAUGAAUUAUGUAUCUAAUAGUAUCAAAAUGUUUAUAUAAGAAAAAAAACUUUGUCUCGUAACUAACGUAAAGUAAUUUUCUGGUCAACCCAUAUAUAUUAAAAUUUAAGGCAGAAACCGCGAUUCAAUUAGUAAUGCUUCUUAUUUCAUCAUCAGUAAGAGUUUUAGUUUCAUUUAGGUCAGCAUUGUUUAAUAAAAAGCUAUUAAUUUCAGCUUCAGAAAAACAUCUCUCAACGGAGUCUCAUCUUCAGUUUUAAAGUCAUCGUCUGUAUAUUCUUCAAUAUUUAAUUGAGACCACAAGGGAGUCCAAGAUUUUAUUAUUGAGUUCACAUUCAAUUGAUGUUAAUUUUUAGAAACUUGAAGCAAAAAUGUUUUCUCAUAAUUCACCUUUAUAUUUUUUUAUCUAGAAGCAAGAUCGCUUUCAGUGAUACGUUUUUCUUAGAUAGAAAUGUUUCAACUUCAGGGAUAAAGUAUCCUUUGAACCACUCUUGAAAUAUAGGUCUCGUCACCCAUGUAAUGUACUGGUAGCUUUCGUACAGAUGCACGUGUCUUUUGUACUUUGCGAAUUGCUAACAAAGACAGGUUUUGCGUCCCAGCAGCUUUCACACAGGGCAUGAAAGUUAUGUCUUUAUUUGGAAACUUUAGAACCUAGGGCUCUCUAACUUCUAAGACAGAUGACAGCGUUUCGUCUGAUAUCGUUUUCCAAUACCAACCAGAUUUACUCUGCGGAUAAAUCUCUCUUCUAGAUAAUAUCCAUGAAUAUGUCAUGAAAAUUUUUAACAGCAUAUUCGUUGUAUGCUAACGUUGAAAGGAAGACAUUCGUCGAAUGACCACUCGAUGCGUCUAAUCAUACCAGCGUUCAACGUUGGAAGCAUUGGACGCAUCGUGUGGUAUCGGCUUCGGAUUAAAGAGGUCCUGCUGUACAAUCCUGGGUUGGAUAGAUCAACUAUCGGGAUAUAUUAUACAAGAUAUAACAAUAGGGAGAUCACAUAUUUUCUCGAAACAUCCUUAUCGCUGAAACCUUAGUUGCUGCUAUUGCUAAAAGGAUAGUUUAAAAAAUAUUCCGUUGGUAGUUAUUUCGAUACUAGAUUUGCUACUAGAGAAAAAAAUAUAUUCGUAAUUUAGAAAAAAGAUGUCUGGGAGCCAACAGAACCGACAUUACUUGAAAACUUCCUCCAUUUUCUAUAAAAUACUCAUAGUUUGAAUGUUAUAUAUGUUGUCAACAGAUCGCUGGUAAUAAUUGUUUAUAAUGGGAUAUGAUGUUCAUUCUAUUUAUGUAAUUCAAAUGUUUAUUUAUUUGUACAGUUCUUUUUGUUUAUAUACAUUUUACGCUAAAUAAAUUUAUUAUUUUACUAAAAGUAUGCAUAAGUAUUAUGAAUGUUUUUUGAAAUAAAGAAAUUGUUUUUUAA